AUGAUAGGUGCUGAAAAUAUUCCUUCAACAGAGGGAACUUCUACUGGUGGUGAUGCAAGUAGUGCUCUCUAUGUGCAUCCCUCCGAUAGCCCUGGAAUGGUAUUAGUUUCAGUUCAAUUCGAUGGCAUAGGAUAUCGAUCCUGGAGAAGAGGAGUCAUGCGAGCUUUGUCAGUGAAGAACAAGCUCGGGUUCAUCGAUGGUAGCUGUGGUAAACCAACUGCGAAUUUACCUCAGUUACGUCAAUGGCAACACUGUGACGAUAUGGUAACUUUCUGGAUCUUAAAUUCCCUCACUAAGGAGAUUUCAGAUAGUGUGGAAUAUGUUAAUGAUUCAGUGGAACUUUGGAAAGAACUUGAAGAUAGGUAUGAUCAGACUAAUAGAGCAAAGUUAUAUCAAAUCCAGAAGGAAAUUAAUGAUCUCACACAAGGUAAUUUGGACAUCACUGUCUAUUACACUAGAAUAAAAAAGCUUUGGGAAGAAUUGAAUACUCUGAAUAUGAGAAAUCAGUGCUCUUGCACUUGCACUUGUGGAGCCAAGGAUGGGCUACACAAAGCAGAAUAG